CGCGUCGACCGAAUCCACUAGCAUCCCUCCCUCUUCCGCGUCUCCGCUCCUAUAAUAUGCCUGCGCCCCUCAAUUCCACACCCACCAAACUGCUAGCAGCGCCAGCGGCGGUCAGCGUCAGCGUCAGCGCCCGACCAAAUUUCCCCCCUCACCUCCCCCUCUCCCGUCGUCGGCAUGGCCACCGACGUGCUGCGCGCGCGCAACGUCCUCUUGCCGGCGCCGCCGCAGAGGAUCCGGGCGGCGGCGGCGGCGCGCCGGAGGGCAGCUGGUAGCGACAGCCACCACCCCGGCGCCACCGCCACCAGGAGGAGGUCGCCGCCGGCCGGGACAUCGUCCCCCGCGGCGGGGCGAAGACACCCCGGCGGCAGAAGGGCGAGGCCUGCGGCGGAGGUGUACGCCGGCCCAUCGUUCUCGACGUCCCCCGACCCGAGCUUGCUGCCGCUACCGCAGUUCCCUGCCAGGAAGGCCGUGGCCGUGGCCAUGACGACCGCCGUCGACGCCGCCGCCGCCGCGACGCGCGACCUCAGGCUUAUCCUGCGGCUGGAGUAGCCAUCAGGACACAUAGCUCGUCUGCUGGCUCUAACGCUGGCUUCGAUUUCUCUUCUUAAUUCUUCCUUCUUUAUUAGCUCCUACUCCUAGUCCUUGUCGACGCAUCAUCGAUCGAGCUGCACGUUGGUUCUGGCUGCUCUCCUGGUAUGGGUCCCACGCUGCCGCGGCGAGGCUUCCGGCUCAGUUUUAUUGUGUGGUCGGCGGCGAGGCACGCGGCGGCCAUGGGAUCCCACCGCGACGGCGGUGUAGAAUGAUAGCAGCUGUAAUACACUACUCUGUACUGUGAUGUGCAAGUAGAUAGUACUAGUUACUAGUUAGCCAGUGUAGGGUUCCUCCGUGUAACAAGUCAUCAGCGUGUGAUCCUCUUCGUCUGUUCAUCAAUAUACACAUUUCUAUAUGUUUCAACAA